AUGAUUGAUCUCGCGAAUACACUUACACGAAAGAAGAGCCGACGAAGAGAAAUAAAUGCCAUACCACAGGAACAGGAAUUAAUGGAGAUAAAAGAGGAACGACUUUUUAUACCUCGUAUCUACGCUAUAUCUACCCGGAAAUCACGAUUGCCCUAUAUCAGGAUCCUUCUUUCCAACAAACCAGUCACGGCGUUGAUAGACAGUGGUUCAGCUAUUUCAUGCAUACCCAUAUCUACCCUACAAUCGCUCAACAAAUCUUUGCCGGCUUCACCCAGCCCCUCUACUGCUCUCGCGGCUAACGGUACAUCGAUCACUUUACUGGCACGUGUGGAAUUACCAGUCAACAUCAAUGGUCACGGAAUCAGCCAUAACAUGCAUGUUCUGAAAGAUGAAGAGUGUCCAGCACCAGCUCUCUUGGGUUCGGAUUUCCUUCAACGUCUCAAUGAAUUGGGACUGAAAGUAACGCUGGAUCUAUACAAGCAACAGCUCAUUGUGGGAGACCAAACCCACAAACUAAUCCAGCUCAAUAGUAUCCUGCUGCCUCAGAAUGUGCCUUACCCUGUGCGGCUGAUUGAAUCUGUCACUCUGCCUCCUCGGACUAAUAACCUAGUACAUGCCAAAAUCGAUGGAUACUUCUCCACUACUCCAAUCGAUUUUUACAUUGAAGACAAUCAUCGACCAUCAGCCGAUAUCUUCAUGGUUGGACGAUCACUCCUGACGCCGACCCAAGAAGGAAGAUGCUUUAUUAACAUCAUGAACCCCACGGCUACUUCUAUCCUCCUCUAUGCCUGUAUGAACGUAGCCAAUGCGAUUCCGAUGUACCCGGCGGAUUUUCAAAUUUGUUGUAUCCAACCAACCUCCUAUGUUCCUCCCGAGGCAGACUGGGAAUGCUCAAUGCCUUUAUACCCGAGGACCGAGGAACAACCAUAUGAUAUUACCACCGAAAUCGACUUCUCUCAAUGUGCA